AUGUUCCAGCCCCAUCCGGACGAAAGCUUUCACCUGCGCCUCCACAGGGCGCGAUCUGUUGUGUUGACAACACAAGAACUUGUUGAAAUUCGAGCCGCUCAGCGUACCUUUGAAGGCGCAUAUGUUCGUACAGCUCUCGGCCAAUUCUCGUUCGCCCUCAUUAUCCUCAAGGUCUUCACCGAAGAGUUCUACGCCAUAGGCGCGCUGUUCGCUGUGUAUGGAGUCGCCGUUAUGUUGGUUGCCAUCUACCGUCGAUACGAGGGCCAGAACCAGUUCUUCACGUCAGAGACUGCUGAUGGUUCCUUGAAGAGAAAGUUUAGGACGAGUGGGAAUAGUGUGCUGUUGCUAACCGUGCUGAGUCUGAGUGCGUAUGUCACAUUGAUGAUUUUGACAUGGCGUCUAGUAUCAUAA